ACAAUACUGAAUUCCAGUAUAAAUGGAAUAUAAACAAAGUUCAUAUAUGGUAUAAGCAUAUAAGAACCACAUUGAAAAGAUGAAAGAGCCAUGUAAAAAAAGAAAUCACUAACCCCUGUGACUGAAUUUGAGCGAUUAUGUCAAUGGAAUUAACACAUUGCCAUUGUUGAAUGCUCUCCUGUGGUUAUACAAACAUCAAGCCCCAGCCGCAGAUUCUUCCUCUCUUUGUCCCUUUGGACAUCAAAGGAUUGCAAGGGGACAGCCCUGGUGAGAAGCUCCUCCCUGCUCAUUAGGUUCCAUAAAACAGGAACUCACCUUGGCUAGCUGCGCUUGGAGUCCCAUCCUCAACUCCAUCACUCUUGACACUGGAUCCCAGAAGGAAAGCUUUUACUUGCUUCAGGAAAUCGGACCUGCUUUUGAACUGGACUAUUUUGGCUCCCCUUGUAAGAACCCUGGUGCCUCUCUCAGCAGCGCAGCCUCCUAGACUCCACAGUACAUGGAAAAAUGCAAGCUUUACCAGACGUGAAAGUGCCAUGUGACACACUUCCCUCCCCCAGCCUGGAGCCCUACCCGCAGAGCUCCAUUGUGGUCACCCUCGAGGACGUGGGUCUCUGGAUGAAGUUUCAUCAGAUAGGAACUGAAAUGAUCAUCACCAAAUCUGGCAGACGAAUGUUUCCACAAUGCAAAAUCAAAGUCUCUGGCUUAAUUCCAUAUGCCAAGUACCUCAUGCUGGUAGAUUUUGUGCCAAUGGACAACUUCAGGUAUAAGUGGAAUAAAGAUCAGUGGGAAAUUGCUGGAAAAGCAGAGCCCCAGCUCCCUUGUCGCACCUACGUCCACCCAGAUUCCCCAGCUCCUGGCAGCCACUGGAUGAAAGAGCCCGUCUCCUUCCAAAAACUGAAGCUCACUAACAACACUCUGGAUCAACAUGGGCAUAUCAUCCUCCACUCCAUGCACCGUUACAAGCCUCGCUUCCACAUUGUGCAGGCAGAUGACCUUUUCAGUGUUCGCUGGAGCAUCUUCCAAGUCUUCAGCUUCCCUGAGACUGUCUUCACUUCUGUUACUGCCUACCAGAAUGAGCAGAUUACAAAGCUCAAGAUUGACAACAAUCCAUUUGCUAAAGGUUUCCGCGAGCAUGGGAAGAACACUCGAAGGGAAGGACGAGUCAAAUGCCAGAAGCCUAGCCCAGCCAAGGGCCAGAAGAGGAAGCUGUCUGAGGAAAAGGAGGCCAGUGCUGAGGAACGUGAUUUUGAGAAAGAUGAGAAUGCAGAUGUGAAGGAAGAGAGUAAUCCCAUUGUGGUCAGCAGUGGAUACCCCUUCUGGGUCUCAGAGCAGAAUGGCAGCCAUGCCUUUCCUACAGCAUCGCCGGUGCCAGGUGACCAGAGGGAGGGUCUGGCCAGAGAGCAGCAAGUGCCUACGCCAUCCUACCAGGCAUAUCGGUUCCAUGAAGCUGGAGACAGCCAGCAGCUUCCCACCCGCGAUGGUGCAACCUUGAACGAUUUCCGGGCAAGGUGCCACACCUUGGAUCUUGCCACGGUGCCCGAGCACGACUCCAAACAGCUCCCAGAGGGCUUCGCCAACCUGCCUCCACUCCCCCCGCCUCUGCCUCCUCCGCAGGACUACACAGGAGUGGUGAACAUGGCUUUAGACUCUGUUGGGAAGCCCGGGGCCCGGGCGCCCAUGUACAGUCCCUAUGGCACCGAGCAAGGCCUCGGCCAGUGGAUGGUGCCUUCCCACAGCCAGUACAGGGCAAUGAGCUACUCAGCUUUCUCCACAGAGUACAACACACAGGGGGCUCCAGGACAUGCCCACGGGACCAUGGCAGAGUGGAGCCAGUAUCCCCUGUUCCCAUAUGCCUGCUGGUGAAUGGAGAAGACCCUUCCCAAUGAAAAGACUCAAAGAAAAUUGUAAAUGAGAUAAUAUUUGCUCUGGAGUGUUGAUCUUGAAGUCUUGGCUACACUAGGCAAAGAGGCAUUGCUGCAAGUGCUAGCAUGGGACAUCUUUACUUCCUUGUCUCCUUGCACAACAACCCUCACUAUUUCACAAGCAAUGGCUAAGCUGGUGGCUGUCCCAGCCGUGCCAGUGUGAGUCUGGCUGAAUCAAUGUGUUCUGCAGUGUUUUUUUCUCCCAACAGGAGUAGGAAACCACAGGAAUUGCAAGACCAGUAUUUAAAGAGCUGCCAAACUCUCAGUCCCAGGCUGUUUGCAUCUCACGUUUGGCAGUUCCCAAAAUCUUUUCCUCCCAGGACUUGCAUGUAAGGAGAUAGGGGCUGAGGAGUUUCAGCAAGCUGUCCAGGUGGCCAAAAAGCUGUAGAAAAUUAUUUCAAAGACAAGCAAAAUGAGCAAUCCCGGUGCUCCCUUGAGCAGUUUCCUCACUUAGUAUAGUCAAAUUAAAGCUAGAGUCUUGCCUUUCUUCCAGCAGCCUAUGAGAGUAAAAUACGCAGCAACAGCUAUGGGUCUGGAGAGCAGUGGUGGGUCAUUCAGGCAGGCGAGAGUUUGUCCCAUACAGGAGAAGCAGCAGCAAGGCUGUGUGUUGUGUCUGCAUGUCCCCUGUGCCCAUCCCUCUUCUGUCACCCUUAGAUUCAAGGUUAGUGGAACACACUCUUCUUUUGCUGGAGGUAGAGGGAGGUUGUCCACAGAAUGUGAGGGUCUGCUCUGGGGGGUUCCAAAGGCCUGUGGCUGUCAGAAACAGGGCCACGAACAGCAGUGCUGUCUAUGUCACUCUGACCUCUUUCUUUUGAAGGAAGGGAAAUCUUUUGCUUUGAACUUCCUUCUUCCACCACCUGCCACCCCUAGAGAAUAUAAUUUAUAGUUGUGGUUACUGUGCUACACUCUGAGCAAGCUUUGACAAUAGGUGGUUCUCAGCAGCCUGUCGUUGCUCAUCAGGCAUACGCUUCAGUUAAUACCCUGCAGGCCCUGAGCUGCAUGCUGCGUUGCUGGUGAGCUCAGCAGCUCCCAGGCUGGUCAGCAAAGUUGUCUUGCUGCUGUUGGAGAGUCUGUAGGGAUCUGCUUCCAUGUUUAGUUAUCAGAGCAGUUUCACCUCCCUUACCUCUGGGUCCCAUCAUGGGGAGGAGCUGCUCUGCCAGUGAGCAGCCUGUGCACUGCCUUGCAAAGAGGAUUUCUUUUUAUCUUUGUGUUAGAAGGGGUAAGCAUCCUUGUUUGCCCAGGUGGCAGAACGGCCCUGGCAGUGAGCUCUUGUUUGAGAGAGACUCUUUGCUUCUCAGGGAGUAUAGACAUGUUCCUAGGUGUUAUUUAGGGAAUGUUUUCUUGUAACGCUUUAAAUAAACCGCUGUGUGGCCUGUAGCCAUCAGUAGGCAGUGAGGUGUGUCAUUUAGCAUGUAUGCCAGAUAGUCUUCUCUGUGUGUGUGCACAAGUGUGUGUGGCAGGAUGUUGUCUAGGGGCAGAGCUGGGCGGGUACAUGACUACCAGUGCAUCAGGACAAGUGUGCAGGUACACUGGCUGUGCACCAGUCUGUUUGGCUGUCAGGUCAGCACUGUGCGUGUCCGUAGAAUAGAGGUGUUGAGCUGUGUUUGUUAUUGUUAAAAUGACUUUGGAAAGUAGCCUACAAAUCUGUGAAAUUCAACUACAAUGACUAGUUCCUUAUUUAAAUAGUAUACUGCUAACUGCUUUUGCACCACAAUUAUGAUAUGUACAGAGCAGCCAAGCACUUCCCCUCAGCUUCACGGGAUGGAGGUGUGAGAUGUGCAGCGUUUAAAUAAAGGUCAGACUCCACCACAGUGUAUGCACAUAAUACCCUAUUAGCCUCUCCUCUGAUAGCACCCUGGCCAGUAGCAAUUUAUACCUGCUGUCCGUGACAUGAAUGUGGAUGCGAGUGACUCGCUAAAGAGAAAUCUUGUUGGGGAAAAAAAAGUGGAGGAGACUCUUUUUAACCCCAGGAUAACAUGAUUUCCCGCUGUCCAAAUGCCAGCUUCAUGAAGGCAGGUCAUCUGUAAAAGACUGUCCUGUGUGAUGGGAAAAAUAUUCUAUUUCUGACCAUUAGUAGCUGAUUUUGCCACCACUGUUUUCCACAUCUUGGAAAGCAGAUGAGAAGGCUGGCUAGGGAGUUCAGUGCCUUGAGCCCUGUGUGUGGGGACCAUGGGGGUGGUACCUUCUGCAAGGUCUCUGCAGUGGAGGCAGUCCUCCUGGUACCCUGCCACGAUUGCUGCCAGAGAAAGUAACGUACCCCCUCACAGGCUACUUGGUUAGAUCUGUUUCUUUAUCUUUGAAGAUGAGUUUUAUUUCCCUCUGUCACAGGGUGCUAAUGAGGAUGAAAACCAUGCUGCGGUGAGUAUGAGGAACUGAGGAGAACAGGGCAGCAGAGGGAAACCCUUGUGCAAAUAUGGGUGUAAUAGUCUUUUUUUCAAACCUUCAGAAUAGCUUUGCAAGUGCUGCUGCCCCGUGGGCCUGUUGGUAGAGCUGGUUUGGCAUGCAGCUCUGCACCGGGGUAAAAGACAGCCUUGUGCCUGGGACGAGCCAUUAAUUACUCAUCAGCCUUCUGUUGCAACAGAACUCUUUGCCCUUCUUCAGUGAAUCACCUGGCUUAUUAGAAAAGUACCUUUAUUUUCCUCAUUCGCCUGUCUGUGGUUAGAGAGUGCAGCUUGACUGGUUUGUGAAGCCUUUGGAAAUCUUGCCUGUAGGUGUGUGCUCUGGACUCCGCUGCUGCCUCCUCUUUUUGCAGUUCCCACUGCCUUGUUUUCUUCAGCUGUGGUAUUUAAAAGUUUUUAUGAGCUCAACCAAAAUGCUGUUUUUGCACGCAUGUGAGAUAAUGUAAUGCCUCUCUGACAGCUUCAAUAAAAGGAAAUGAGACAUGUGGAAGGCAGGCUGUUAAGAGCAAUAAGAACAAUAAAAUAAACUCUAAAGUGUGUUUUUUGUGCAUCUCUCUCAAGCACACCAGUGGCUCCACUUCAGUGAUGUUACCUGGGGCCAGUUUGUAGAUGUAUGACACAUGCUGUUGAUCUCAGCAUUCAUUGUUCUGUGCAGCACAUUCAGUGAGCCCCAGGUUAUCUGCUUGUGUCAUAGAUGUGACUCAGUCUCUUGGACUAAUUCUUUGCAGCAAAUUGUUUAUUUUCCUUUUGUUUUCUGCUCCUCUCCUGCAGAGAAGUUACAUAAGGAUGAGCGCAAAUCGACUUUAAAUACAAUCUAGGUAGAUUUUCUAUGGGAAAUAAAGAUCCUGAUUUA